AUGGAAAGCUUCAAGCUCUCUUUGCUGGUCUCCCUUCUCCCCUUCCUCCUUUUCAACCUUGUCGCCGCCGGGGAUGCCGGGGAGGAGCUCGGCACGUACAUCAUCCACGUGCAGCCCCAGGAGAACCACCUGUUCGGCUCGACCGACGACCGAAAGGCGUUUCACCAGUCCUUCCUCCCUGAGCAUGGCCGUCUCCUGCACUCGUACCACCAUGUCGCCAGCGGCUUCGCGGCGCGGCUGACACGGCGGGAGCUCGACGCCAUCUCCACCAAGCCCGGAUUCGUGACCGCCGUGCGAGACGUGAUCUACCAGACACAGACGACGCACACCCCGCGAUUCCUCGGGCUUGACACGGCCCGGGGCACGAGGAACUUGUCGGUCGGUUUCGGCGAAGGCGUCAUUAUUGGGGUGCUCGACACCGGCGUCUUCCCCAUCCACCCCUCCUUCAGCGGUAAGGGCAUGCCGCCACCGCCGGCCAAGUGGAAGGGGAGGUGCGACUUCAAAGGCUCUGCAUGCAACAACAAGCUCAUCGGCGCACAGACUUUCCUCAGUGGCAGUCGCGCCCACAGUCCACCGACUGACGAGGAAGGGCACGGCACGCACACUUCCAGCACUGCGGCAGGAGCCCAUGUUCCGGGCGCUCAGGUGCUUGGUCAGGCCAGCGGAGACGCAUCCGGGAUGGCGCCACGUGCGCACCUAGCCAUGUAUAAGGUUUGCAACGACGAGGGCUGCGCCAGCGUGGACAUCCUCGCUGGCAUCGACGCCGCCGUGUCCGACGGCUGCGACGUCAUAUCCAUGUCGCUUGGCGGGCCCUCGAUGCCGUUCUAUCAAGACAGCCUCGCCAUCGGCACGUUCGCCGCCGCGGAGAAAGGUAUCUUCGUCAGCAUGGCGGCCGGCAACUCGGGUCCACUCCACAGCACGCUGUCAAACGAGGCGCCCUGGAUGCUCACCGUCGCCGCCAGCACCAUGGAUCGUUUGAUCCUCGCCAAGGUAAUCAUCGGAGGCGGACUCUCCUUCGAUGGCGAGUCAGUUUACCAUCCGGCGUUCAACCUCUCGGGGCCUCUCUUCUUCCCGCUUGUGUAUGCCGGCGCGAGCGCGAGGCCCUUCGCCCAGUUCUGCGGCAACGGCUCGCUGGACGGCUUCGAUGUGAAAGGCAAGAUCGUGCUAUGCGACCGGGGAAACAACGUCGGAAGGGUGGACAAGGGUGCCGAAGUGCUCAGAGCUGGAGGCGCCGGCAUGAUCCUGGCCAACCAGUUCAUCGACGGCUACAGCACACUCGCGGACGCGCACGUUCUCCCGGCCUCGCACGUCAGCUUCGUCGCUGGACUAGAGAUAAAGGCCUACAUCAAAUCCACGUCGAACCCGGAGGCAAUGAUCUCCUUCUUCAGAGGCACGGUCCUCGGCACGUCGCCAGCGCCGGCCAUCACCUCCUUCUCCUCCCGCGGCCCCUGCAUCCAGAGCCCGGGCAUUCUUAAGCCCGACAUCACGGGCCCUGGCGUGAGCGUGCUUGCGGCGUGGCCGUUCCAGGUCGGGCCUCCAAGGUUCGACCUCAGGCCCACCUUCAACAUCAUCUCCGGCACGUCCAUGUCCACGCCGCACCUCAGCGGCAUCGCGGCGCUGAUCAAGAGCAACCAUCCGGACUGGUCGCCGGCGCAGAUCAAAUCCGCCAUCAUGACCACCGCCGAUGCCACCGACCGCUCCGGCACGCCGAUACUCAACGAGCAGCACAUACCUGCCGACUUGUUCGCCGUCGGGGCUGGCCAUGUCAACGCGGAGAAGGCUGUGGACCCUGGCUUGGUCUUUGACAUUUCCACCGACGACUACAUCGGCUACCUCUGCGGCAAGUACACGGACCACGAGGUCUCGGUGAUCGUGCGCCGCCGGGUGCUCUGCUCGGCCGUGACGUCGAUCUUGGAGUACGAGCUGAACUACCCGUCGGUGUCUGUACUGUUCACGCCGGAGACGCAGAUGUCUACGAAGUGGGUGUAUCGCACGGCGAAGAACGUCGGAGAGGAGCCGGCGGUGUACUACGCCCACGUCGACAUGCCGGCGAACAGCUGUGUGAGCGUCAGCGUAUUCCCGAGCUCGCUCUCGUUCGCCCAGACGAACCACGAGCAGAGGUUCCUGAUAAUCGUGUCGGCGACGAAUAGCAGCGCCACGGCGGUGCAGGGCGCGGUCCGCUGGGUGUCGGAGAGGCACACCGUGAGGAUCCCCAUUUCAGCCACCUUUGCUGCGGAAUAG